CAGAGUCAAUCUCAACCACCACCAUGAUGAAGGCUGUGUUUGCUGUGUUGUCCAUCGUCGUCCUUGUGGCCUCUGCCUUGGCCAGUCCCAUGCCUGAACCUGGCUAUCGUCGCUAUGGUGGCUAUGGUGGUGGCUAUGGUGGCUACGGUGGUGGCUAUGGUGGCUACGGUGGCUAUGGCGGCGGAUACGGCGGUGGAUACGGCGGAUACGGCGGCUAUGGUGGUGGAUAUGGCGGCUAUGGUGGCUAUGGAUAUGGACGAUAAAGUGUCUAGUAGAGGAGACAACAUGGCUUGUGAGAUGGUCCCGUGGUCCUAGUAGUCUUGUGAGGAGGUGACCCCUGGGACCACUACCUCUGUAUGGUUGUCUAAGACCGCUGGGACCACUACCUCUGUGUGGUUGUCUAAGACCCCUGGGACCACUACCUCUGUAUGGUCAUCUAAGACCCCUGGGACCACUACCUCUGUAUGGUCGUCUAAGACCCCUGGGACCACUACCUUUGUAAGAUCUUCUAAGACUCCUGGGACCACUUCCUCUGUAAGGUCUUCUAAGACCCCUGGGACCACUACCUCUGUAUGGUCGUCUAAGACCCCUGGGACCACUACCUCUGUAAGGUCUUCUAAGACCCCUGGGACCACUGACCCAAUAUGUUGUCACAACACCUGGCCCGGGGCUCCCCUUUCGUGACUUACACGAUUCUAAUUGUAUCAAAAUAAACUAAUUACUAC